GCAUUACAGCACCCAAUUGUUUGCUGCCCAUAUCUGUGACACUGGUUAUAUAACAGAUGGUCAUGCACUUGCGAACAACUAUCCUUACCUUAUUACUGAGUGCAAGAAUGAGAUCGGCAACAGUGGUGCAGAUCCGUAUCUCCAAGGAGGGCUUUAUUAUUAUGAAUUUAUGCGCAAGCUGUCGUUGGAUGCCCCAGCCUCUACGCUGCCAUGCUUACAUAUUUUCUACUUUGGUGCAUUCUUCGGUUUCGCAGGUUCAGCAAUUAGUAAUAAGGGCGUCCACUUAGAAGUCUUGCUACCCGUAUCCCCGGUCAUCUGGCAUCCGUAUGACACAAUCAUGCAGACUUGGGCGGCACGAGUUUUCGGCGCAUUUAUGUGGACUGUAAACGAACUGCGCGGUUACUACGAGCACGGGCGACAUAAACCAUUAUGGAAGGGAACUUUUGUCGGUUUACCGAAUACGGACUUUCCGUAUAAGCAUGAACGACUGCUGGCGAUGUUAUAUGCAUUAAAUAUACCCGGAGUUAUUCAGCAGCAGCACGCUUCAUUGGGUGUGGCACCGCGUUUGCGUGGCUUCGAACAACUUCCACACAAGUGGUACAUGGUAGUAAUGGACGUGAUGGAUCGAGCCUAUUUACCAUAUUCACAUCGGACUAAAGACAACAUCAGCUUUCCAUCCGUUGAGGUACUCCACCGCCGAGUUGAGGAAGUUGUCAACACUUUUCAUGAACAGAACUUCGUCCAUGGUGAUUUGCGUGAUACGAACCUCUUUGUGCAAAAGAACGGUGAGGGCAAGUUUAUGCCAAUCGACUUUGAUUGGUCAGGAACGGCUGGUGAAGUCCGCUAUCCCAUCAACGUCAACUGCGAUGACAUUAGAUGA